UCCUCGCCUGUUGCUGUCAGUUGUACAGUUAAGGCAAGGCGAUGCACCUAAUAAAGUCAACAGGAAAGAGAAUCAGCCAGCCAGUCCCCCUUGUGUGAUUGCAGAUAGCGGUUGUAGGCAAAGCUCAGGUCUUCCCUCUCCAAACCCCGGGCCCUUCGACUGAGAUAAGGAGCAUCUCCAGACCCGUGGAUUCUGCACCACACCUGCACAUCGGAAGGCCUGAUCUGAUACACAUCACUUGUGCUGUGGAGCACACAGCUCAGGGCUACGUGCUGAAGAGCAGUUGCACCAAAAAGAAAAGAAAAAAAAAGACACCCUGCCAACAUCGCGCUCCUGCUUCAGAAGCAGCCUCCAACCUGUCUCGCUCUCCAGCGGCUUGCUUGGAGGUCCCCUGCAGCCCGAAAUGCAGCAUUUCAGCAGGAUCCGCACUUUUAUGCUGGAGCUGGACGCAGGACGCGGUCCUGGAGUCGCUUACCGGGGAGGAGAGCUGCUUUCCGGCCGAGUGGUGUUGGAUGUAGCCAAAGGACUAAAAGUGAGAGCUUUGGCGGUCUGUGCGCGAGGCUUGGCUGCUACCCACUGGCUGGAGAGCAAGAGUUUUGGCAUGAACACGGUCUAUAGCGACUACACUGCCUACGAGACCUACCUGCGAAGACGGCAGCACCUGAUUAGAGACAAUGGAGAUGUCACGGUCCUUCAGGCAGGAAGGCAUGAAUUUCCCUUCACUUUCCAGCUCCCAGGGACCUUGGCCACCUCCUUUGAAGGCAAGCAUGGCAGUGUCCGCUACUGGGUGAAGGCCAAAUUACACCGGCCUUGGUCUUCCGUCAAACGAGCCAAGAAGGAGUUCACAGUCAUUGAACCCAUUGAUAUCAACACACCAACCUUACUGACUCCCCAGGCUGGUGCCAAAGAAAAGCUGGCACGAGCGUGGUACUGUAACCGUGGCCAGGUUUCGGUCUCAGCCAAAAUUGAUCGGAAAGGCUACACACCAGGUGAGGUCAUCCCCAUCUUUGCUGAAAUUGACAACUGCACCAACCGUUCUAUCGUACCAAAGGCUGCCAUCAUCCAGACACAGACAUUCAUUGCCCGAGGCACUAAAAAACAGAAGAAAUGUGUGGUGGCAAGCAUUGCGGGAGACUCUAUUAUAGCAGGGACGAGAGAGGUGUGGCAUGGCCGUGCGCUCAAGAUCCCACCGGUUGGGCCCUCCAUCCUGCAGUGUCGCAUCAUCCAUGUUGAAUAUGCACUGAAGGUCUGUGUUGACAUCCCAGGGACUUCCAAGCUGCUCCUGGAGUUGCCACUAGUGAUAGGCACAAUUCCUUUGCAUCCAUUUGGCAGCCGCACGUCCAGCAUCAGCAGCCAGUACAGCCUCAAUAUGGAUUGGCUACAGUUGGGGAUCUCUGAACGGCCUGAGGCUCCUCCAGAGUACUCUACUGUAGUGUCUGGUGAAGAAACCAUUGAGAACUUGUCCCCGCCUUCUCAGGAUGAGUGUCCUGCCUUACUUGAAGGACCUUUCUUUGCCUACAUCCAAGAAUUUCGUUUCCGACCACCUCCUCUCUACUCUGAGGUGGACCCCAAUCCUCCCUCUGACAACAGCAUCCGUCCACGUUGCAUGACUUGCUGAAGGAAGCACUGCCUGACUUGAGAUCAAAGGAAAUCCUUUAAUAAGAGAGAUUACCGCGAGUGGAAGCUCAAUGGUGGGGUGAAGAAGAAGAUUGCCCCAAGAGCAAAUGUGGGUGCCCAUUCUUAGUCGGUGCUCUACACAAAAUGCCUUCAUUGGACUCUCUCUGAAACAGAGCGAGCUAGAUCGGCAUUCGGGAUGAAGAGCGAGACGAGAGCUCUUCCUCAGCGCAUAAAGUGGUGACUGUUCAGGAUCAGCACAAAAGCAUUUUGAACUCUAGACCGAUCUACUGUGCUUUCCUUGGGUGCAUUUCACGAUGUCCUUCCUACACCUACAGAGGGGGUUUUUACUCUGUGUAGACUGAAGCUGCCGAAGGAACCCAUUCACCCUGAGAAUCUGAGAAGAUGCUUCUGUUCCAUUGCCUAGAAUUCCAUAAAUGACUUUCAGACGGAAGUUGGCUAAAAGAAGUCCUGCCUUAUGACACUGUCUAUGUCACUGUUAACACGUCUGACGUUUUUUUUUGGAUUACCCAACUGGGUUUCCCUUUUAAUUUCAUCCAUCAAGCAGACGCUUCUGGGAAUGGUCAGGGGUUGAGUGGAUAAGAGUCUCCAGUCUAAAAAUUGUUGAUAAGGACAGAAGGGGUGCACAUAUUUUUUUCUCCCUUACAUCAGGGAGUGGUUUGUUUUUGAUUAAAUGCAACAGAAUUGCAAUUGUACUAUCAGGGAAUAGGAUUGAUGUGGUUGUAACAGGUGGUUGAUUUUGCAAUUUCAUUUAUAGUGCGUCUAAAUUCUCAAAACUAACCCUUUGAGUUACAGAAUUUAGAAAAAAAAAUAUCUUUGGAUUUUGUUGGCUGUAUGAAUUCAACAGAAAUGGAGAAUAGAAAUGGAUUGUAUGAAAAGUUAUUGGGAGGAUGCUUUCCCCCAUUUCAAGAUGGGUCUUAAUUAGACUCCCACGAGGGGUGGGAUGGGGACUGAAUCCCCCCCUCCCUCAAAUGCAUUCCAAAUGCUUCUAAGCAUGUAAACAUCCUGCUUCUGCCCCAUGUGGGGCUGGUGGCCUUGUUUUUGUACCUCCUUUCUGUUACUGUAUACUCUGGUUUGAUACGGACAUAAACCUAUUUCUAGGUUUGCAUUUUAUAAACGUGGCUGCCUUUAACUAUUUGAAAGCAAUGUGUGUUUCUCAGAAUUCCUAGUUUUGUACGAGGUUUGCAAUUAAAUUAAUCAAACUUUUUAA